AUGAACGAGCUUACAGUAGUUUAUAGAAUUUACUAUAAACUAGUGAGUACAACAGUAGAAUCAAAGACCAAACUUUCAAAUAUUCAUGGUCUUAUUACUAGUUUCCUCACAAAUUCGAGAAACCAUUCAGAGACCCUUGUGGAGGUUCUGUACGACAUCAAUGAACAUCUUCAAGGUGAAAACAUUGAUGUGCCUUUGACUAUUGUGAGAGCUGUGAAGAGAGUAGCCAUUGUUGUUGUUAGCAGUGAUAGAGGUCUGUGUGGUGGUUUCAACAAUGCAUUGAUUAAGAGAGCUCAGACUCGAGUUGGGGAGCUGAAGAAGCUUGGAUUGAAGGUGGUGUUGAUUAGUGUGGGGAAGAAGGGUGGUGCUUAUUUUAUGCGUAGGCCAGAGAUUAAGGUGGAUAGGUUCAUGGAAGGAGGAGCAUUUCCGACUGCGAAAGAGGCUCAGGUGAUUGCUGAUGAUGUGUUUUCGCUUUUUGUUAGUGAGGAGGUUGAUAAAGUUGAGCUUGUGUAUACUAAAUUCGUGUCGUUGGUGAAGUCGGAGCCUGUGGUUCAGACAUUGCUGCCAUUGUCGCCUAAGGGUGAGGUUGUUGAUGUUAAUGGGAAUUGUGUUGAUGCAUUGGGGGAUGAGAUGUUUAGACUGACUAGUAAGGAAGGGAAGUUGGAUUUGGAGAGGGGGAGUGUGAUGAAGAAGAAAGAGGGGAAAGAAAUGUCGCCGCUUAUGGAGUUUGAGCAGGACCCUGUUCAGAUUAUUGAUGCCAUGAUGCCUCUCUAUUUGAACAGUCAGAUUCUGAGGGCAUUACAGGAGUCAAUGGCUAGUGAGCUUGCAGCGAGAAUGAAUGCUAUGAGUAAUGCCACAGAUAAUGCUGAUGAGUUGAAGAAGACGCUUUCAAGAUCUUAUAAUCGAGCUAGACAGGCAAAGAUUACUGGGGAGUUGUUGGAGAUUGUUGCUGGAGCUGAGGCACUAAGAGAGUCUGAGUAAUCUCUAUAUCUUUAUCUUCUUAGAUUAUGUUCUUUCUGUGCCAUAUUAUUCAUGGUAAACAUUUUGUUACUCUCUCAUAUGUCAACAUGCUAGCUGUAGAGUUGGUCAAAUGUAAUGGUUUUCUGAGUUCCCAUGGGGAGAACCAUAUGAUGAAAUUGAAUGAAAGUAGA